AUGGUGUUUUGCAGGGGUGACUCGAAGUCUAUUCAGGCCAUUCAUGAGCUCCUAAGUGAUUAUGGCAGCAUUUCUGGUCAUAGUUGCAACUGCUCCAAGUCUUUGAUCUAUGCUGGAGGGAUGAGUAUGGAGAGGCACAAGCAUCUGGCUGACAUCAUUGGAUUUAACAUAGCUACUCCUCCUUUCAUCUAUUUAGGUGUUCUCAUCUUUGUUGGAAGACCUAAGGCCUGUUAUUUUCAGCCUUUUGCUGACAGAAUUAGGAUAAAGCUAGCUAAUUGGAAAGCCAAGUGUCUUUCUAUGGCUGGUAGAGUUCAAUUAGUUAAGGCUUCUGUUCUGAGCAGCUCUGAUAAAAAGAAGCUGGUCACUGUGGCGUGGAAAGUUUGUUGCAAACACCAAAAUGAAGGAGGUUUGGGCAUUUUGUCUCUGCAGGAUUACAAUAAAGCUACUAACAUUCAUCUUUGCUGGAAUUUCCUGAAUGAUCUCCACUCUUGGUCUAAUGUGCUGAAAGCUAGGGUUUUGAGAAAUGGGAGAAUCAUUAAGUAUGCUAUUAAGUCUUCUCUUUGGCAUGGGAUAAAGGAAGCUUAUAGCACUGUUCUGGAGAAUUGCAUGUGGAAUGUUGGAAGUGGUAGUAGAGUGAACUUUUGGUUGGAUAAUUGGUUAGGGGAGGCCUUGUCCAUAAAGCCUAAUAUACUUCUUGCAUUUCCUGCUCUUCAAUCUUUGCUUUCUAAUGUCACUAUCCCUGAGGAGGAUAUCGAGGACUGCCUUGUUUGGAAGAAUUCAAAGUCUGGCCUUCUCUCUCUUAAAGAAGCUUACAACUAUGUUGUUAAGCCUAAGACUUGUGCUGCUUGGAAGGAUUUUCCUUGGAACAAUGAUAUUCCACCUGCUCACUCCAUGAUCAUUUGGAGAUACCUCCAUAACAAGUUUCCUACUGAUGAUAACUUAAAAAUCAGAGGUUUUUCCUUUCCCUCCUUAUGCAGCCUGUGUUCUUCUAGCUGUGAGAAUGCUUUACACCUGUUUUUUGGUUGUGCAUUUGCUAAAAAUAUUUGGAAUUGGUUCUGUGGCAUUACUCAGAGAUGCAUCCCUAUCUUGUGCAUGGAGGAAUGUAAAAAGUUAUUAUUGCAGUCUUGGAGUUCGCAAUCUAAAGUUGUGCUUCAGGCUAGCAUUGCUUGCAUCUUCCAUCAGAUUUGGAAAGCUAGAAACAAGUGCAGAUUUGAAGACUUGUCUGCUAAUUAG